UUACUUUGAAACAAGUGAAUGGGCGAUCAGCGGUUGAUGAAAGUAUUAACGGCCACGGUGGCAGCGGCAACAUGGUAACGAAGCGAAAUGUGUCCGAUUUGCCUUCUACCACGUCAAAAGAAAGGAAGAAACGAGUAAAUGUUCUAGUGAUAGACAGAGUUGCCACAGGUUGCAGGAGUCCCUGCUGAGCUCUGCCAGUGGUUACAGAAACUACAGAGGUGUCCUCAACUGGUGUGUUGUCAUGCUGGUCUUAAGCAAUGCCCGUCUGUUCUUGGAAAACCUUUUAAAGUAUGGUAUUCUAGUGGACGCCAAUACAAGUGGUUUCUCUAUUCAUAAAGGACCCUACAACAUGCCUGCAGCGUGCCUUGUUAUCGUGUCCAACGUGUUUAUAGUGGCAGCUUUGUACACAGAGCGAAGGCUCUCAGUGGGCUGCUUCAGUGAACGUGUUGGGCUGCUGGUUCAUUCCAUUAACCUGUCAGUCACACUGUGCUUCCCGGUGGCUAUCGUACUAAUGGUGAAGUCCAUGACUCCAGGUACUGCUGUAUGUGUUCUCAUCAGCCUACAGAUGUAGGAUCUUAAUUUGAUCGCCCUGUUGCAGGAGAACCUUCCGUUUUGCAUCAUCAUCAUGAUGUGGCCAGUGACACUUUGCUUCUUGAAAGUCCAAUAUCUUGAAAACUUGACUGCUGACAUGUAAAACAUUUUGGGARUGUAUCAACUGUGGAUGAAUGAAAAAAAUAACAAAGGAGAGUUUCUGAGUGGAGUUUUUCUUUAAUUAUAAUCCACAUAAUCAAUUACAUUUCCUGUUGCUGAAGUAUGUUUUUCCCUGCAGUAGCAAACUGGCUCAAAUUAAGAUCCUACAUCUGUAUAGCAAAUCCUGCUUUUCAGAAAAAACUAAACUGUAUCUGAAUCUAGUG